AUGGUGGGAAAACUUAAGCCGAUUCUCCCCUCUUUGAUCCUGCAUAAUCAAACGGCAUUUGUCAAAGGGAGGCUUCUUGUUGAAAAUACGGUCCUAGCGGGUGAAAUAGUGAGUGGUUACCACAAAGAAACGGGUCCCAAACGCAUAACCAUUAAGGUCGACAUUGCCAAGGCUUUCGACACUCUAUCGUGGGACUUCCUCUUCAAUUGUUUGCAGGGGAUUCUACUUCCCGAUCACUAUAUUCGAUGUCUAAAAGCAUGCGUCUGCACAACUAACUUCACCCUAGGCUACAAUGGUGCAGUUCACGGUUAUUUCAAAGGUAAAAGAGGGCUCAGACAGGGUGACCCACUCUCCCCCUACCUCUUCGUAAUAGCUAUGAACUGCCUAUCCCUUAUGCUUAACCAGGCUGCUUUGGAUGGAAAAUUUCAAUAUCACCACCAGUGUGAAGGAACCAAAUUGACUCACCUAUGCUUUGCUGAUGACCUGUUAAUAUUCAUUGAUGGCUCACUCUCCUCUGUCCAGAAUGUUCUUCAAGUCCUCCGUGAGUUUGAACUUCGAUCUGGUUUAGCAGUAAGCAUACACAAAUCUUGCUUCUUCUCGGCAGGACUAUCUCCGGAGGAGGUUCAAAAUAUUACGGAGACCACUGGUCUAAGCCCCGGAACACUUCCAAUGCGUUACUUAGGAGUUCCGCUGUGUACUAAGAAACUGAGCAUUGCAAAUUGUGAGCCGUUACUGCAACAAAUUAAAGGAAAAAUAAGCAGCUGGUCAGUGAAAACGCUCUCUUUUGCAGGAAGACUCCAACUACUAAACACAGUGAUCGCCGGCAUUACUAAUUUUUGGUGCUCUAACUUUGUCCUUCCCAAGCUCUGCAUCCGGAAAAUCAACUCACUCUGUAGCGCCUUCUUGUGGAAAGGAACAGUUGAGGGACAUCACACUGCUAGAAUAUCUUGGGAUCAGGUCACUAUGCAAAAAUCGGAAGGAGGACUUAGUAUUAGAAACCUAUAUGUCUGGAACAAAGCUUGCAUCAUCAAACUGCUAUGGCUACUUUUCUUUCAAUCAGGGUCAGUUUGGGUCGCCUGGUUCAAGGAACGUGUCCUCAAGGGUAAUGUCAACAAUCUGUGGUCAGCAAAACUAAAGCAAACCAACUCUUGGUUUGCAAAUAAGAUAAUUAAAUCGAGAGAGGAAGCUUACGAUUGGAUCAAACUCAGAGUGGGGAAUGGCAGAAGUUGCCUCUUCUGGACAGAUAACUGGUCUCCAUUUGGGAAUCUCCAAAAAUUUCUACAAUCUGUGGGAGACAGGCGACUUGGAAUUGCAGCGAAUACUACUUUGGCAAAUCUAUACUGCAAUGGCGGUUGGAUGCUCCCAUCUCCCCGAUCUGAAAGGCAGCUCUCCCUACACAUUCAUAUGACAACGCUUCAACUUACAAGAGAAGAGGAUAACUAUGAAUGGGAAAUAGAUGGAAAAGUCUCCACAAAAUACUCAACGGGUCAGGUCUACCACCUACUUCGGAAUACAGUACCAAAAGUACCUUGGAGGUCCAUUGUAUGGAACCAGGGGGGAACGCCAAGGCACAGCUUCUUUACUUGGAUGUUGAUCUUGAACAGGUGUCCCACUCGGGAUCGGAUCGCUAACUGGGGCCUCACCACAGACACUCGAUGUCUUCUCUGUGACGCUCUGCCUGAAUCUCGUGACCACAUUUACUUCGAUUGCUCUUUCAGUUGGAGUGUCUGGGAGCCAAUUGCAAGGAGAUGUAACUACUCACCUAUCAGAUCUUGGGGGCACAGCAUUGCGGACCUUCAAUCGCUAACGGCUCCAAAGGACAAGAAGUGGCUCAUCAUCCUCGCUUGGCAAAACACAUUAUAUCUGUUAUGGACGGAGAGAAAUCACCGUCUCCACCGUCAACUCUUCCGAUCGCCUGACGCUCUGAUCCUUCUCAAUGACUCCUAUAUCAGGAAUAAAGCCUCCAGCUAUCGCGACUCCAACAACGACCGGGCCUCAUCGCUUCUUCAACUAUGGCUCUCCACGGCGCCCUCUCCGAGUGUAUAG